AUGCAGUUCUCCACUAUCGCUCUUCUCUUCUGCGCUGCUUUCACCGUGUCGGCUGCGCCUGGCGCGGAAAUGCUUGCUAAGCGUAGCUGUGGUACCUUGACUGGCACUGCGCUCCAGGUCUGCCAGGAUGCCUGCAAGGCUACCUGCACUGUCGCAACUCUCGGUGUUGCCCAGAAGCUUUGCACGGCUGCCUGCGAUCUUCCCCCUCUCAAGGCCCGUGCUGAGGAAGAGGAAGAUGUUGCUGAUGAGGAGGAUGAUACCGAUGAUCUCGCCGAGCGUAGCAUUGGAAAGUCAGUCUGCGAUGCUGCUUGCGAUGUCACCUGCAACUCGACUGUCCUUGCCCUUGACCAGCUUGAGUGCCUCAAGGUUUGCAAGGGCAAGUGCUAG